AUGUCAGCUACUCGAAAGGCAGAAGAUGACUGGGAGGUAUUGCCUACCCCACCUUCCUUUGUGGAGUUGAUGGCACUUGAGCGACUCGAAGAUAUCAGCUCCAGUGAACCGGAGAGGAUCGAGCGAUUCCGCUCACUUGCUUCGCCAUUUCCUCCUGGUGAAGGAACACGGUCAUUUGGUGGGCAUGUAUAUGCUCAGUCUGCCUAUGCGGCGUCCAAAACUGUCGGAAAGGGAUUUGUUGUUCAUGACAUGACCGGUACAUUUAUUGUUGGCGGACGGUUGGAUGUCCCCUAUGUAUAUACUGUCCGGCAUGUUCGUGACGGCUUUAUGUAUUGCACUCGAGCGGUGGAUGCUCGUCAAGAUGGGAAGAUCUGCUUUUCUUGUCUAUGCUCAUUCAAGCGAGAUGAAAAUCAAAAGAAUUUCCAUCACCAGCCCCCAGCCGUGCAGGGACGGUUCCGUGAAAUCCUUUCCGGGAAGCCACCUGAAGAUCAAACAGUUAGCCCCAGUGUUGACGCAGACUGGUGGAUCGAGGCUGUGGAGCAGGGUAACAUUGAAGAGCGAGAGUUCCCUGGAGUCGAUGUGCGGAAAGUCGAUAUGAAAGACUAUAACCAGUCUAAAUUGAUUCAAGAUCGACCUGACAAGUAUCGUCAGUUGACCCAAUAUCGCCUUAAGGGAUUACCAGACGAAGAUCCAAACGCGGCUCUCACCCAAGUCAGAGAGCGAGACGCCGCAGGAGAAUAUGAUAAUCUAUAUGCCUGCGCGCAUAUGUAUUCGAGUGAUAGGAACUCCCUUCUUUUGAUCCCACGAGCCCUUGGCAUCAAAAACUGGACCGAGAUGGCCAGUCUCACUUUGACGGUGAUUGUUCAUCAGCAUAGUGAGGCCUUGAGAAUGAUUGACUGGGAUGCGACACGGGGCGACAGCCCCUCUGAUGUGGCCAUGAAGUGGUUUAUCCAAGAAGGCUGGACACCACAGUCGGCAGAGAACAGGGCCGUGCACGAAAGUCAUUUGUGGAGUCCGGAGGGCACAUUGGUUGCUACAUCAUUGCAGGACAGUAUGCUUCGAUUGCGGAAGCUGGGGCGUGUGGGAAAUCUAUAG